AUGUCAUACCAGUAUUCCAAUGCAACCAAAGUCACAGAGUUUAUACUCACUGGGUUUCCAGGACUUCAACCCAGUUACUUUGGAUUCAUAUCUGUGGUUUUACUAUUUGUUUACCUGGCCAUUGUAGGAGGCAACAGCUUUAUUUUUACUGUUAUUGUCAUAGAGAGAAGUCUUCAAAAACCCACUUAUCUCCUGUAUUGCAACCUGGCUGUGUCAGACCUAAUCUUUGCCACCACCACCUUGCCCAAAGUUAUUUCCCGGUACUUGGCAGAGGACAAGAUCAUCUCUUUCCCUGCCUGUUUUUUACAGAUGUUUAUUAUACAUUUAUUAGGACACUGCAAUUCACUGCUGAUGAUGAUAAUGGCUCUUGAUCGUUAUGUUGCCAUAUGCAACCCCCUCAGAUACCAAAUGCUUAUUAAAAAUUCCACCAUUCUGACCCUGUGCAGCAUAUCCUGGCUAUUUUCAUUUAUGUGGAUGGUCAUCAUACUUAUUCGCUCAGUCACUUUGCCCUACUGCAACUCUAACAUCAUUGUACAGUGCUACUGUGACCAUUUCCAGAUAACCAACCUAGCAUGUGUCAAUGUAAAUAAUGUUCAAAUGACAGCUUUUGUUGAAGCCAUGAUUAUAUUGUUAGGUCCACUUGCUUUUAUAAUAUUUUCUUACAUCUCAAUCAUUAUCUCAGUUUUAAAAAUUGCAGACUCAGAGGGACGGCACAAAACCUUCUCCACCUGCAGUCCACAGCUAUUCAUCAUAGGCCUCUAUUACCUCCCCCGGUGUUUCGUUUAUAUUGCAAACACCAUAAACCUGAAGAUCAGCACAGAUGUGCGCAUCCUGAUGAUCAUGCUGUACAGCCUCUUUCCCCCCAUUGUGAACCCUCUGAUAUACUGCUUCAAAACCAAAGAAAUUAAGGAUACUUUGUCUGCGAAAGUUAAGAAGAAGAAGUUAAAUGACAAAUUUAGUGUGCCAUUAUAA